AUGUUACGAAGCCGUGCUAUCUUCUGCACAAACCGUGAGUGGCGACGCCCACAUCAUCCGGGCAGUGAUGUGUUACAACCAUUCACACAACGUACAAGAAUAGGGGAAAAGGCUGUCUGGCAGACACCGACCGGGACUCACACUACUGCUUAUUCUCUCUCUCUCUCUCUCUCGCUCUCUUUCUCUCACACUUUCUCUCUCUCUCUAAUUUUUCUUGGCUCUAUCUAUCUAUCUAUCUAUCUAUCUAUCUAUCUCAUUUGUUCAUAUCUAUGUAUUUAUUCAUAUCUAUCUAUCUAUCUAUCUAUCUAUCUAUCUAUCUAUCUAUCUAUCUAUCUAUUUGUGCACAUCUAUGUAGCUAUCGAUAGAAUUGUUCAUAUCUAUCAGUUUGUUCAUAUCUAUCUAUGUAUCUAUCGAUUAAUUUGUUUAAAUCUAUCUAUCUAUCGAUCGAUCAAUUUGUUCCUAUCUAUCUAUCUAUCUAUCUAUCUAUCUAUCUAUCUAUCUAUCUAUCUAUCUAUCUAUCAGGAACCCUUUCCAAAAGAAAACCUGAAACAUCUAUCUAUCUAUCUAUCUAUCUAUCUAUCUAUCUAUCUAUCUAUCUAUCUAUCUAAAAGCCGAUAG